AUGUUAUUCGACAAAUUUGCAAGUAUCGGAUCAGUUUUAUCAAUUCGAGUCUUUCGUUAUAUGAUUACAGGACGAUCACUUGGCUAUGCUGAAGUCAAUUUUCAAAUACCAGUUGAUGCUAAACAUGCAUUCGAUACAAUCAACUUUGAUUUUCUUCAUGGUCCUCCGUUACAUAUUAUACAGUCUCAACAUGAUCUAGCAUUACGUAAACCAGGUAUUUCUUCUACAUAA